AUGAUAAAUAUAAUCACCUACAUCUGGCAAAUGAUGUUUGAUCUCAUGUUCUUCAAUCCAAUCUCCCACUUCAUCACAUUCAUACUUAUCCCCACACUAGUAAUAUCAUUUCAAGCAAUCUGUCAACAGAAUUCCCAGUAUCGUUUACAAUUGGAAUCUCCUCCAAAUACACUUGCAAAAACAUUAAUCAUCGCACUAUUUUUAUAUAUUUUAAAUGAUAUGUUUCGAGUUGAAAUGGAAUGUUCGACGAGUGAAUACGCGGACAAAUGUUAUUUUGUGAACAAGUAUAUAAACUAUUUGGUAAUUGGAUUGAAGUUUGUCAACUUCUGGGUCACCGAAGACUUUUUCGAGUAUUUUAAUGCGAAAAGUUUGGAUAUUGUGUCGAAUGGAAAGGUUAUCGGAAAAAUGAUUAAAGCAGAUGGAAAAUGGAAGAGAGAAGCAGCACCUAGAAAAGAGUGA